AUUGUUGGGAUCGGAGGGGUCGGAAAGACAACUCUUGCUCAGCAAGCCUACAACCACGAGAGGGUGAAGGACUAUUUUCAGCAUGAGGUCUGGGUCUGUGUAUCAGACAACUUCAACGUGGAAAGGCUUACCAAAGAGAUCAUAGAAUCCAUAACCGAGAAUAAGUGUGAUCUCAGCAACCUUGAUACACUUCAAGUGGUUCUUAAGAAGAACUUGACCUCAAAAAGGUUCCUGCUUGUCCUCGACGAUGUGUGGAACGAGGACAGCCUGAAAUGGGAAAGAUUUUGUGCACCGUUGAGGUACGGAGAACCAGGAAGCAAGAUUUUGAUUACAACUCGCUCUAAAAUGAUUGCAGAAAUGGUCGGCAAUCCGAUCCCUCUAGGAGGUCUGGAUGAAACCAGCUAUUGGAAAUUGUUCAAAAAAUGUGCAUUUGGUUCCGAAGACGAAGGUGAAUUUCCACAGCUAGAAGCCAUAGCAAAGAAGAUCGCUGGCAGGUUGAAGGGGUUGCCACUUGCGGCAAAGACGGUAGGCGGGUUGUUGAAGGCGCAGAUGACUGAGAAGCACUGGAGAAACAUCGCAGGGAGUGAAAUAUGGCAACUACUGCAAGACGAAGAAGGUGUGCUGCCAGUCCUACAACUGAGCUAUCGAUGUCUUCCCCCACACCUUAAGCGGUGCUUUAUUUUUUUUUCCCUGUUCCCCGAAGAUUGUCGAUUUUAUGAACCAGACUUGAUUCGGCUUUGGAUGGCAGAAGGCUACGUUGCUCAAGACAAUAUGACGCCCGAGGCUGUAGGAAGUGGUUACUUCCGUGAGUUAGUGAACAGGUCUUUCUUUCAGGAAGCUCAUUGGGGAUCGGCAUAUGUGAUGCAUGAUCUCAUACACGAUCUUGCUCAAUUUAUUUCAGAGGGAGAGUUUUGCAGGAUCGAUGAUGAUGAGUCGAAAGAGAUCCCUAAUACGAUUCGUCAUCUGUCGGCAACAAUAACCGAUAAAACUAAGUUAAUAGAGUUCUCCUGUUAUGAGAAAUUACGGACCCUCAUGAUCAAUUAUAAAAGUCAUUGGUAUGGCAUUGGAGUCGAGGGCUCUUUGUUCCUUCGGUUUGAAAGAUUAAAAAACAUUCGAGUGUUGAUAUUACAGAGGUGUGGCUUGCGGGAGUUGCCUGAGACAAUUGGUGGCUCGAUACACCUCCGCUAUCUUGACAUAUCCCACAACUUCUACUUUAGGAGGCUGCCAGAGUCGUUAUGUGGUCUUUACAAUUUGCGAGUACUGGAUCUGUGGGGCUGUGAACUACAGGGUUUCCCGCACGGCAUGAGUAAGUUGAUCAACUUGAUGCAUCUUAAUGCAGAAGACAAAAUAAUUUCCGAGAUAAAUGAUGUUGGGAAGCUGACUUCUCUUCAAGGACUGUGUUCAUUUAAAGUACUCAAGGAUAAGGGACACGAGGUUGCCCAAUUAAGCGGUCUGAAAUAUCUUCAUGGAGAACUUCGAAUUACCAGCCUUGAGAACGUUGAGAGUAAACAAGAAGCAAACAAGGCUAAUCUGAACAACAAACAGUACCUUGGUGCACUGGCCUUAGAAUGGACAUCUGAUGAUGGUUCCAGUUUGAACGGCAAUGAAUUAGUUGUGUCGGAGGAGGUACUUGAAGGUCUCCAACCACAUCAGGCUCUCAAACGUUUGGCGAUCAGAGGUUACAAUGGAGUCAGAUCACCCAGUUGGCUGCAGGCACAAUUGUUAGCGAACCUGAUAACUCUUGAAAUAAAAAACUGCAAAGCAUGGGAGGAUCUUUCAUAUAUUGGACAGCUACCGAAUCUCAAGAAACUUUACGUGAAGGGAAUGCCUGCAGUCAAACAAAUAAGUCAUGAAUUAAGUACAGAGAACAAGUUCUUACCUAAUCUAGAAGAGCUUGUGCUGAAGGACAUGAUGGCACUGGAGGAACUCCCGAGCCUUGGACGACUGCCGUGUCUUAAGGAUCUUCGCAUCGAGGGAAUGUCAGCAGUGACGAAGGUAGGCCACGGGUUCUUUGGUUGUAGAGGUCAAGGCAAGUGUUUUCCAUGCUUGGAGGUGCUCAAUUUCAGUUACAUGCCAGCAUGGGCAGAGUAG